GGAGACGGAGACGGGGGUAAAGAUAGAGAUAGGAAAGUCCAACCAGGUUAGCCUGUCAGAUGGACACUGCAACAUUACGUGGCUCCACAUCUCUCUCAGUCUCUUAUACAAGUUUGUUUCAGUUGCACUGUAAUUCUUCCACCUUGGCUCUGUUACCUUCAUCAAACCUGAACCCCUGAUCAUCACACAAGAACCUGAUCAUCACACAAGAACAGGCUUCUUAUUUCUCCUAAGAGACUUUGGAAAUCUGUGGAAAGGAUCGGUCUUCCCUCUCAGGCUGUAACAUGGCAAGAGAUGUCCUCUUCUCCCUCCUCCUGACAGCGAUGGCCUGGGACUGGGCUUUGUGUUCACUUGGGGAGGGCAGAAGGCAGUGGUAUCAGCCCCCUACCUCAGAGCCCUUCAAGCAGAACCAAUCCUUUCUCCAUGGAACCUUCCUCCCAGGGUUUCUUUGGGGCACCGGGACCUCUGCGUUUCAGACUGAGGGGGCCUGGGACCGGGAUGGGAAAGGGCCUUCUAUCUGGGACCACUUCACCCACUCAGCAGCCGACCAUGGUGAUGGAGGCGCGGCAGACAUGGCCAGUGAAAGCUACGUCCACUGGGAGGAGGACAUUGAGGCACUGGGGUACCUUGGUGUGCGCUCAUACGCCUUCUCCCUGUCCUGGCCCCGAAUUUUCCCCAACGGGUCGGCCGUAGGUCAGCCCAACGUGGCGGCGGUGGAGCACUACGGGCGACUGAUAGACAGGCUGCUGGAAAGAGGCAUUGAGCCACUGGUCACCCUGUUUCACUGGGACCUUCCCCAGGCCCUGCAGGAGCACUACGGAGGCUGGAGGAAUGAAGCCCUGGUGGGGCUGUUUGAUGCCUACGCCACCUUCUGUUUCCGAACCUACGGUGACCGUGUGAGGCACUGGAUUACCAUACACAACCCCUACCUGGUGUCUGUCCAAGGGUAUGGGACCGGGGUCCACGCGCCUGGAGAGACAGGGGAUCCCAGCACGCCCUUCACUGUCGCCCACAACCUCAUCAGGGCGCAUGCCAAAGUGUGGCACACCUAUGACACGCACUUCCGCCCAACUCAGAAGGGUCAGGUGUCCCUUGUCCUGGGUUCUCAUUGGAUGGAGCCUCAGAAAGGCCAAGCCACAUCAGCCAAUGUUGAGCUCUGUCAGCAGUCCAUAGAGGCAGUACUUGGUUGGUUUGCAAAUCCCAUCUUUGGGGAAGGAGACUACCCAGCUUCAAUGAAAAGCACUCACAAGGGGCUGAUGCCGGAGUUCACCCCAGAGGAGAAGCUGUGGGUGCGGGGAACGGCUGACUUUUUCUCCUUGUCCUUUGGGCCUAACAACCUUCGCCUUGGCCAUAUCCUGGCCCGAUAUGGGCAGCUGGUGUUCCCAGACCUGAGGAGGUUGCUGGGGUGGGUGCGGUUGGAGUAUGGGGACCUGCCGGUGCUGGUGGCGGAGGUGGGUUGGUUCUCAGAUGCCGCUGUGGAGACUGAGGACACGAUCGCCGUCUACCUGAUGAAGAGGUUCAUCAACCAGGUGCUGCAAGCGACAGUGUUUGACGGUGUCAGAGUGUUUGGCUACACCGCCUGGUCUCUGGUGGAUGGUUUUGAGUGGGACUACGGCUAUGGUGUGAGACGAGGUCUGUUCUAUGUAGACUUCGACCAAGGUUCCAACAGAACCCGGUUUCCCAAGACCACUGCUCAGUUCUACCGCCAGGUCGUCAAAGACAAUGGUUUCCCCAGUGACGAGACCACCCCAGAGGUCAAAGGGCAUUUCCCUUGUGACUUUCAUUGGGGUGUGGCUGACUCUACUGUACAGGUACAUUUCCAUCCCAACUCCCCUCAAUUCAUGGACCCCCAUCUGUACAUCUGGAACCUAACCGGGGACGGGGCGCUGCAUCCGAUCCAGGGGGUCAAGCUCCACACCAAGGGGGCACAGUGCACUGACUACCUGGCCAUCCGUGGACAACUGGGUCUGUUUGCGUCUGUAGGGGCAUCUCAAUACCGCUUUGCCCUAAACUGGUCCCUCAUCCUGCCCAAUGGAGAUCUGUCCAGAGUGGAUACUGAGGCCUUGAGAUACUAUCGCUGUCUUCUCACUGAGCUCCGCAAAAAGGGUCUGGAGGCUAUGGUCACCCUCUACCACCCAACUCAUAGAGCCCCUUGGUUAGGCCUUCCCGGCCCGCUGCACAACUCCGGAGGCUGGCUAAACCGGAGCACCGUUGACGCCUACCAGAGCUACGUGACCCUCUGCUACCGGGAGUUAGGACCCUGGGUGAACUACUGGAUCACCAUCAAUGAGCCCAACAGACUCGUGGACGCGUAUAAGGGCGGAGGGGAGCAGCACAUGGCAGCCCACCACCUCCUCCUGGCCCACGCCAGGGCAUGGAGUCUCUACGACAGAGAGUAUCUCAGCCUGCAGGGGGGGCUGGUAUCUCUGUCCCUGCACGCAGACUGGGCAGAACCUGCAAACCCCUUCUUGGAAUCACAUGCAUUCGCCACUCAGAGGUUCCUGCUGUUUGAGCUUGGCCGUUUCCUAGACCCAAUAUUGGGGGGCAGAGAGGCAGGUGGUGAGAGUGGUGAUUACCCUACUGAGCUGAGGAGGUACCUUGAGGAGAGGGCGAGGGUGGCAGGCCUUCCUGGAUCCCCACUACCGCGGUUCACCGACCAGGAAAGACAAGAGCUCCGCGGGGCGCUUGGGUUCAUCGCACUAAACCACUUCACCACACGACUUGUGUCACCACGUCCUCAUUCCUCUGAGACUGACCCAGCUGACCCCCAUGAGCUCCAACCUCCGGACCACGACUGCCUGCUGAUGUCUGACCCCACGUGGGACUUCUCUGGGCUGGGACAGGCGGUGGUCCCCUGGGGUCUCCGAAGGGUGCUGCGCUGGGUGAAGGAUCGGUAUGGAGGGUCCCUACCCGUUAUCGUCACAGCUAGUGGAGUGGAUGAUCAGGCAUCCACAGACGAUCUGCUCCGCCAACACUACAUCAGGAGCUACUUGCAGGAGGCCCUUAAAGCUCGUCAGUUGGAUGGAGUCAACCUAAAAGGCUUCUAUGUCUAUAAGCUGCAGGAUAGAGACACCCCCCGGUUCGGCCUCUUCACCUCUUCCCAACACCAGUCACGACCCAAAUCCUCCAUCGCAGUUUACAGAAAGAUCCUCGACCAGAGCGGUUUCCCUGGCAACAAUGUGACAUCCUACUGCAGGGUCCGCAACCUGCGGAUGACGUGCACCAUCUGUGCUCAAAUGUCCGAGAACAAACCGCUCCUUUUCUUCGCCGGAUGUCUCGUCUUGACGUUUACUAUGCUGGUGGCGGUCAUCACUGUCGCCGUGAGGAGGAAGAGCGGGGCAAGAGGCAGGGUGGGGGCUCCAGUGUGUCCUUUUCCACUGGGGAUGAAGAGUCAGCCAUGGGAAAGAGUGACCCUGCAGUGUGUGACGGACAGGACCAGCGUGGCACGCCGUUAGUCAGGCAAACAUUCAUAGUGGGUUUGGUGCUGUUGUAGAGGCUUUUAGGGACAGGUUUCAGAUCAGUUUGCCCUCCCCAAAUACUCACUUUCAACUUCACUGUAGAUGAGUCUGUGUGCGGUGGAGAAGCCAAACCUCUGUUGGCCUGAUGCAGUCACAAUGAUUCAGAACUUGGACACAACCAGGUGGGGUGAUUAAGGGGUUGGCUGUUCAUUCAGUUCCAAGGGACCGACCUCUCUCACAAUAUCUCGCACCAUUGCCAUCACCAAAAAGUUCACCAGCGGAAAUUAAGGAAAUGGCUUUACGCAUCAACUGUAGAGUCCAGCCUCACUUCCCCUAUCACAAUCUAGUUUGGUUCUGCAUCGACCCGCUCUAGAAGGAAAUCUCCAGAAAUCUCCAGAAAAAAACACACCAGAAGGACCACAAUGUGACCACAACACUGGAACCACGACACUGAAAGUACAACAUUGGGAGGUCUACACUGUGACCACAACACUGGGAUGACAACACUAAAGUGAUCAUCAUCCACUGAAGAAGGCACACCACUGGAUGUACUUUUUGCGGCAGCUGAAAGAACAUAUACUAUCUACACUUAAGAUAUAUUAUAAUAAUGGUUCUGUUAAUGUCUACAUCAACUGUAAUUCCAUGUAUAUUAUAAUAUAUACAAUCCGCAUAUAUUAUCUUAUAUGCAUACAGCCCAUUUGUAUAUAAUUGUGUGUGAACUUUGUGUAGUUGUAUUCUCUGUUAUUUGUCUACCACUAGCAGCACCAUUACGCCACGUACAAUUAUUAAUAUAUAUGUAAUGUACUUUGCAAAUAAAGGUGUUUCUGAUUCUGA